AUGAGUGACGGAGCGCUUGACGGAGCGGCACAGAAGCCUGCGGUCCUUAUCAUCGGAGGCCUCGGCUACAUCGGCCGCUUCCUCGCCCUCCACAUCCACCAGCACAACCUCGCGUCCAAAGUGCGGCUCGUCGACAAGCACCUCCCAGAGCUCUCAUGGCUAGCGCCCGAGUUCAAAGACGCGUUCUCGCGGGACAAUUUCAUGCAGGCGGAUGCCUCUCGAGAGCAAUCCCUCCCCCGCAUCUUCGACCGCGCCUCCGGCCGCCAAUUCGACUACGUCUUCAACUGCGGCGGCGAAACGCGCUACUCGCAAGAAGACGAAGUCUACAAAGUGCGCUCGUACGCGCUGUCCAUGGCCGUAGGGCGCGAAGCCGCGAAGCGCGGGAUCAGAUGUUUCGUCGAGUGCAGCACGGGCAUGGUGUACAAGCCCGACUCUGUCCCGCGGAAAGAAACCGACAAGCUGAAGCCCUGGCUAAAGCUCGCGAAGUGGAAGCUGCAGGCGGAGGAGGACUUGGCGAAGAUCGAGGGGUUGAACCUCGUGGUGCUGAGGCUCGCGCAUGUGUAUGGGCCGUAUACGGCGAAGUUUUUAGGGACGGCGCUGUGUAUGGCACGGGUGUACCAGGAGCUGGGGAAGGAGCUGAAGUGGCUGUGGAAGGAGGACCUGAGGACGAACCUGGUGCAUGUGGAGGAUGUGGCACGCGCGUUGUGGACGGCGGCGGAGUGGUAUGUGGAGAAGACGCCACAUCCUUCGCCGCCGGUGUUCAACAUUGUGGAUCAUGGAAAUACUUCCCAAGCAAAAAUGGCGCAGCUCAUCCACGAGAUCUUCAACAUACCCACCGGCUUCUACGGCACCAUCAUCUCCGCCUUCGCGAAGCUGCACCUCGACGGCGUGGUCGACGAUGUGAAUGACGAGAACCUGGACCCGUGGGCUGAGCUGCAGGCGAAAGCCGGGAUCACGCAGACGACACCGCUGAGCCCAUUCAUGGAGAAGGAGCUGCUGAAAGACACCGAUUUGAGCAUGGACGGGGGCAAAUUCGAGCGGGAGACGGAGUUUCAAUACCGCCAUCCACAGAUCACAAAGGAGGAGAUCGAGUCCGUGAUUGAGAGCUACCGGAGACAAGGGUGGUGGCCUUGA